AUAAGUAAACAAACAAAAAACGGCAAACUCUAAAAAUGAGUUGUACCAACCUGGCUUCCCAUUUUGGCCCUACCUUCAACAUAUCAUCAGAGAUAUAUAUAUUCGGAUCAUGAAUUUUCAUUUUCUUUAAUUUGCUUUUGCAACGCCUACAUUAAUCCUGUCGCAAUUAAAAGUUAAGGUGUAGGCGCAUAUAUGUAUGUGAAAUUCGUUGAUUCUCUUCUGCCUUACUUACGGCUGUCUGUGCUCAUUUGAGGAAGCCUACGAGCGAGGUUCGAUAAUUAAUCAUGUGUGACACUAUGUCUAUGUCGUCCGCACCUAUUACAGAUCAUCGACCUGUUAAAGGUCUUGAGAUGGAAUAUGUAGAGGAUGAUAAGAAAAAAAAGCUUGGCUCUUUAAAGAAGGUAGCAAUCAGUGCAUCUUCAAAGUUCAGGCAUUCCUUGCAAAUGAAGGGGAGAAGGCAUAGCAGGGUUGUGUCUGUUGCUAUUGAGGAUAACGUUGAUGCCCAAGAGUUGCAAGUAGUUGAUGCUUUUCGCCAAGCACUUAUCUUGGAAGAGCUAUUACCUGCAAAAUAUGAUGAUCACCAUACGAUGUUAAGAUUCUUGAGAGCAAGGAAAUUUGACAUUGAAAAAACAAAACAAAUGUGGGCAGAUAUGCUUCAGUGGAGGAGGGAGUUUGGUGCUGACACCAUCAUGGAGGAUUUUGAAUUCAAGGAGAGAGAUGAAGUUCAAAAAUACUACCCGCAAGGGCAUCACGGAGUUGAUAAGGAAGGGCGACCUGUUUACAUAGAAAAGUUGGGUCAGGUGGACUCUAACAAGCUGAUGCAAGUAACAACUAUGGAUCGCUAUCUUAAGUACCAUGUUAGAGAGUUUGAGAAGACAUUCGUUGUUAAGUUCCCUGCCUGUUCAAUCUCAGCAAAGAAGCACAUUGACCAAAGCACAACUAUCUUGGAUGUGCAAGGAGUGGGUCUCAAAAGUUUGAACAAAGCUGCAAGGGAUCUCAUCCAGCGUCUUCAGAAGAUUGAUGGUGACAACUAUCCUGAGUCCUUGAACAGUAUGUUCAUCAUCAAUGCUGGUUCUGGAUUUAGAAUGUUGUGGAACAGUAUUAAGUCGUUCCUUGAUCCUAAGACCACCUCCAAAAUCCAUGUCCUAGGUAACAAAUACCAGAGCAAGUUGCUUGAAAUCAUUGAUGCCAGUGAACUUCCAGAGUUCUUGGGUGGUACUUGUACCUGUGCAGACAAAGGUGGCUGUAUGCUUUCAGACAAGGGACCAUGGAAUGACAUUGAAAUCUUGAAGAUGGUUCAAAAUGGCGAAGGAAAAUGCAAGAGGAAAACCUUAUCUGGGAUUGAAGAGAAAACAAUCAUUCAAGAUGAAAUAGCAUGCCAAAAGGAACACGAUCCUUUCAACAAAGAAUCUGUGCAACUCGGCGCUGUUCCAGAAGUCGCCUUUGUCCCAGUGAUUGACAAGCAAGUUAAUGCAUCUUGGGAAAAAGCGGUACAAAAUAAUCAACUUGCAGCUUCUAAAGCUGCAGAUUGUUUCCCUAGCGAUGCUUCCAACACUUUUAACGGUUUUAGGAUUCCAUUUACUGGUGGAAUCAUUACCAUUCUUAUGGGAGUGAUAACCAUGCUCCGCAUGACACGGAAUAUGCCAAGGAAAGUCACUGAAGCCACCGCCUUGUAUGCUAACCCUCUAUAUUGUGAUGGCAACAUGAUGAAAGCACCUGCCAUUUCCAUGAAUGAUCAAAUGGCCCUGAUGAAGCGCAUGGCUGAACUCGAAGAGAAGGUGAAUGUCCUCUCUAUGAAACCUACCAUGCCACCUGAAAUGGAAGAAUUGCUGAAUAAUGCUCUUAACAGAGUCAACACCCUGGAACAAGAGUUGGAUAGUACCAAAAAGUCACUUGAUGAUGCCCUUGCUCGACAAGUGGAGCUUCAAGCUCACCUUGACAAAAAGAAAAAGAAGAAGAAAUUCUUCCGCUGGUAAGGUGAUAGCCAUAGGUAUCUAUUGCUAUUGCCGUGUGACCUCAAAUACUUGACAUUAGCAAACGUUGUAAAUUGUUGGUGGCGUUUCUCUAUUAUCAUCAGCCCCACCGGAUGCUAUUGCAUUCACCUCUGUAUAAUUUCUCCUCUAUUCGACUGAAGUCAUUCCUUUUCAAUUUGUGUGUAUAUAUGUAUAAAUACAGUGUGCCAUGCCAUCCCAUUGACAAUAUGUAAAUAAAAUUGUGUAUAUAUAAGUAAAUAAAAUUAUGUGUGGCAUCGUUCAACAAAAA